GUGUUGUUCCUGGAGACAGCGGCGCCGAUCACAACGCGCGGACCGGGGGAGAUCACCUGGAGUGACAACAGAAUGAAACCGGCGAUCAUGUGCCUUACUGGUGCCGCGUCGGUGCCACCGCAGCGCCGGGGUUAGUGGCGAGGAGGAGGAGGAGGAGGAGGAGGGGGGAGGAAGGGCAGACAGGCUGGCAGACAGGUGCGACUCCACAGUCUGUUCCGCUUGCUCUCGGUCCCGGUGCGCAGCGCGGAGAGACAUGGAGACGCGCAGGGAGAACAAGGUGAGGAGACAACCCAUGAAACCGCGGUCGGCGACGCGCAAAGACAAGAAGUCCACGACGGGCAGGUUCGUCCGCAGGAAAUCGCUGCGCUCCUUCGGGAAUUUCAUGGGAAGGAUCCUGAAAACUUUGGGCACUUUGGCGCACUUCGGCAACGCGGAGCCGCCGGACGCGGAGGACGACGACGGCGGCUUCGGGCGCAGCGCGGCGGCGGCGGCGGCGGCGCCCUGCCGGGACGCGACGGCGAAGAAGAGCUCCACGACGUCCUCGUCCCACGGCUCGGUGAAGGAGCGGCUGUCGUGGUGCUACGGCGACAAGACGCCCGGCGUGCUGGGGCUGAAGAACCACGGCAACACCUGCUUCAUGAACGCCGUGGUGCAGUGCCUGAGCAACACGGACCUGCUGGCCGAGUACCUCGGCCUGGAGCAGUACAGGGCGGACGCGUGCCGCGGGGGGGCGAGGGGGGCCAGGGGAGCAGGAGAGGAGCCCCCGGCCGACCGCGGAGAGGUCACCGUGCAGCUGGCGUCGCUGGUCCGAGCGCUGUGGACGCUGGAGUACACGCCGCAGCUGUCCGUGGAGUUCAAGAGCAUAGUGGCCAAAUACGGCUCUCAGUUUCGUGGGAACUCCCAGCACGACGCCCUUGAGUUCCUCCUCUGGCUUCUGGACAGAGUUCAUGAAGAUGCCAGUUCCAGCACCAACAACAACAACGGCAGCAGCAGCAGCAGCAGCAGCAACAAGACCAAAGCUGAUGCCAAGGGACCAGGUCCGCUGGAGGAGUCUCCCAGCCCCAGUUCCGCCAGCUCGCAUCAGCCUCGAGGUCGACACAGUUUUGUGCAGGAACACUUCCAGGCUCAGUACAGGUCUUCUCUGACGUGCCCUCAUUGCCUUAAGCAGAGCAACACCUUUGACCCGUUUUCAUGUAUCUCCCUGCCGAUCCCGCUGCGACAAACCAGAGCGAUGUGUGUGACGCUGGUGUUCAGUACAAAGGGUCAAAGGUAUCUGCGAGUCGGGCUGGCUCUGCCUCUCUUUGGUACCCUGUCCUGCCUGAGAGCCAUGGUGGCAGAGGAGGGCAACAUCACCCCAGACCAGGUCAUCCUGUCAGAGUUGUACUCCACGGGUUUCCAGCGCUCCUUCUCAGAUGAGGAUGACCUGACGACAAUCGCUGACAGCGACGUGGUCUACGCCUUCCAGGCUCCUCCCCUCUUUAGUCGUGGAGGCUCAGCACCACACUCAGGGUAUCACCACAGCCUCCCCUCCUCCCCCUACUCCUCCGCGGCGGGACCCGACGGCCAGAGGCUGCCUCCGUCCGGCACCCUCUCCUCUGAGUACCUGAACCAGGGCGGCUCCGGGAAGCUCCUCCUCCUCAUCUGUAACACCGCAGGGUCCGGCCAGCAGGCUGUCAGGUUCGGACCUCCAUUCCUCAUGCGUGAGGACAGGAGCAUCUCCUGGGAGCAGCUGCAGCAGAGCAUCCUCAGCAAGCUCUAUUAUCUGAUGCUGAAUGGAUCCCAGGCUCAGAACGCUGGGGUGCUCUUCAAGAUCCGAGUGGUGGGGGGAUCUGCAGCCUACAGCUACCUGUCCCCACAGGACAGCAGGCCACUCUACCACCCUGCUGUUGAUAGAGCGCUGAAGUUCUGCGGCACCGGGGGACCUCCUCACGUGAAGCUUGUCAUCGAGUGGGAUCACAAGACUAAAGAAUGUCUGUUUGGCAGCAUCCAGGAGGAGGUGGUGAAGGAUGCAGAGAGUGUGAGGAACCAGCAGCAGCAACACCUGCAGCAGCAUAGCUGCACCUUGGACGAGUGCUUCCAGCUGUAUACCAAAGAAGAACAACUUGCCCCCGACGAUGCCUGGAAGUGUCCCCACUGUAAACAGCUGCAGCAGGGCAUGGUGAAGAUGAGCCUGUGGACUCUCCCCGACAUACUGAUCCUCCACCUCAAGCGCUUCAGACAGGUCGGCGAGCGGAGGAAUAAGCUGUCAACCUUGGUGCGUUUCCCCCUGACUGGAUUGGACAUGGCCCCCCACAUGGUGAAGCGGAGUCAGAGCAUGAGGAACCUGAACCUGGGGGCAUGGCCACCCGCCUGGAAGCCGCCCUCGGGGCAACACCACCAAGCUGCCGACUUGACCCUCCCACAGGAGUAUCAGUACGACCUCUACGCUGUGUGUAACCAUCACGGAGGAAUGCACGGAGGACAUUACACAGCUUACUGUAGAAAUUCAGUGGACGCUCUGUGGUACAGCUACGAUGACAGCAGCGUCGACCUGGUGCCAGAGGAGGAGGUGUGUACCAGAGGAGCCUACAUCCUCUUUUACCAGAGACGCAACGCCAUCCCUCAAUGGUCGGCCAGCAGCUCCAUCAGAGGCUCCACAAGUUCUUCAAUGUCGGACCACUGGCUAAUCCGGCUGACCGGGGACAGUAAGAGAGGCAGUCUGGUGUCUCGGUCAUCCACCACCUGCCCAUCAUCCGUGCCUGACUCUCCAGAGUCUCCGGUCUUCCUCGACGAUGUUUCUAAAGAGGAAAGGGGGGGUUUUGAGCCCAGGCCAUUUGUCAGGGGUCUUCAGGGGCGCAGCAUGAGCAUGAGAGCCCCCAGCAAGACCAAGGACACCCUGAGCAAAAUGCUUCCCCUGCGCUGGUCCUUUGGUUCCAAGGACAAACGGAAAUCUGACCCAGUUCCUCCACCGGCCCAGGAUUCUGCCCCAGUGGAGCUGGUGCAGUACUUGGAAUCUGGCCGCCGGCCACGGUGCACAAAGGACCCGAUAGUAACUCUGAUGAGCGAACCUCGAGGCACAAAGGAAGCUGCUGAAGGCCAUGCUGCAGCCAAUGUCCAAUCUUCCGGGAUCGGGAGUUUGCGAUGUGUGGGUAAAGCAAGACAUGAGCUGCCUCCGGAGUCUCCACAGGUCCCAGAGGGCCAGAGGAGGGCGUCAGACAAGACCGCCAGCCUGAGACGCAGCAAGGGGAGCCAGGCGAGGGAUGAGAGCACUUCAAAUAUCAGCAGCAGCUCCAGCAGUAACACCCUCACCAGGAGGAAGGAUGCCAGAAAGCAGAGCUCCUCCAAAGCUUCCCAGGAUACUGAGACGAAAAGAAGUGCUGGAGUUCAGCCCAGCUUCAGUACACCCAGCCUUCAUGACGGGACUCUGAGAAGACAAAGAGGAGAAAGGGAUGAACAUCAAGGUGCAUAUGAAGCAAACUCUAGGAACAAGAGGGAAGUGCCCAAGAGUCACGAGGGACUGUUCUCCUUCCUAAAAGGUAACUUCCUGAAGAAGGAUAAGGACCCGAGGAAGUCCAAUGUGGGUGAGUCAGAGAGAGGGGGGGGUGAGGAAGGAGGCAGGAGGAGCUUGUCAAGGCUGUCGCUGUCCAACGGAGCAGCAGGAGGCCGAACUGGGGUGGAAGGAGGAAAGACUAACGGCUCAGGCCACCUGGGCGAUGAGCCGGCGAACGGCAAAGUGGGACGCAGGACGGCCGACAUCAAGCGCUCCCAAAGUUCCUCCAACAUCCCCACCAAGGCCGAGCCGAGCAUGCACAGGACAGCAUCCCUGCAUCGCAACGGCACGUCCACAGCCGCCGCGGCGCCGCCACGCAGCCUGACAGCAGACAAACCGUCGUACGGCACGCUGCAGAGGACUCGCUACAGCACAACCUCGCUGGGGCGCAAAAGGACAGUGCCCGAGUCGAGCUUCUGACACGGACAUAUUUAACACACACACACCAACACACACACAGAGAGCCUUUUACCUGACAUAGAGCGAAUGACGUCCAGUCUCCGAGAUCAAAGCAAUAGAGCUACAUUCACAGUGAUAUGCCUUUUGUUCCCAGACAACGAACUGGCUCAAGUGGUUUGCACCACGGAGCGACGGACCAAAAGAAGUGUCUGUCGACGCUGGGAUGUAAAGAGCAGAAUGAAACGAUCAAAUGUCAGAGGGAGUUCACAGGGUUCCUGCAAACCUUCCAUUUCAAAAUUAACAUACUUUUUCCAGACUCAAACUUCCAGACUUAUUUGAAAUCCGAGUAAAAAUAGCUAGAUGUUUAUUUAGUAAAUAUUAUUAUAUAAAUAAAUAAUGGAAUAAAAUCCAACAUAUCACAUUCUGACUGUGUAUGCUAUCAUGUUGCACUUCGUACACAGUGAGUCACGGUUUCUCCAGAGAGUUGAUUGUGAUGUUUAUGUUCGGAUUGAUAUUGAAACAUUGAUACUUCCAGUUCCGACGUUACCUGUUCUGGGACUGGAUCUCGGAUGAAAAUAUUGAUAUUUGAACUCAGUUGUUUUGGGUAAAUGUGUAUUUUAUAAUCGACAGUACAAAGUAACUAGCUGUCACCAGGAUCAUCAAAAUAAAUAAUGGCCGGUUGACAGGAACUUCUUAUCCUUGCGCCGAUCAUAGUCAUAUGUAAACUUACGGUUCGGUAGAUACCGUAGUGGCAGUUCCAGGUACAGAGUGUGUCGCUAUGGCGACGUUUAUCACCGACUGUGGGAAAAUGUUUCACGAGACUAGAGAGAUUGAGAUGAAUCGUUAGUGUUCUAAAAUCUUUGGACUCACGUCUGUUGAGACUUCAGUCUGGAAACACAAAUAUUUUUUCCAUACUCUCUCUCCUUUUUUUCAUACUUAUCCAGACCUGGAAAUUACUCAAAUCAAAUUCCAUACUUUUCCAUACUGCGUAGGAACCCUGAGUUCAUCUCCAUUCUGUUUUUGUAUCACUUGAAACUUGAAGUGCCUGAGAAACGGAAAAAAAAAUAUAUGCAAUGAGACCAAUGAGUUUAUGACAUCCAAAUUAAUAAUCUGACGUGUGUGUGUUGACAUUUAUAAAUCCGUUUAGAAAUAUCAUAAUGUUUUGCUAAACAAUUAAGACACACCGAUUGUGUUCAUGUAGAAAGAAUGUAAUGUGCCCACUUGAUUGGUGCUUUGAGGUUGGAGUUUAUUCAUUAACAAAUAUUCAUAACAAAUCGCCUGUUUAAUGUUUAUUUAAUGCACAGGGUGACUUGGAACACAUUGAAAUUUGUCCCCAUGUGACUGAGACUGCAGUUACUGUUUAUUCCAAUUUAAACUGUAAUAACUCGCUGGGUAGGAGUGGUGAUCUGUGGAAGCACUAACCUGGAUCUCUUGAUUAUUAUCUGGGCAAGACAAUGGAACUCUAUCAGGACCAGCAGCGCUUUAUGGCUCAGCCUGAGUAACCUCCUUGUAGCAGAAGGAAAUGUAAUAUUAAUGCAAUAUCCGCCCUGUGAGAUAACACUAGUCUGAAUGGACUCCUUAGUUUAAUUUUUAUCUUUCUCUGUUUUGAUUUAUUUUUCUUAGUUUAUGAUUUCCUGUGCUUCCUGGACAUAAUCAUUAAUGAUAAAACUCAUAAAGCGCUAGAAGAGUGGAAAAUCUGCUCUUUGACAGGGAGUAGUUUUGAACCUAAACCUGACAUAACAUUUGGAUUUUUUUUGCAGUCAAGGUUCAGUGUGGACAAGCUGGUAAUACUGACUUGCAUAUGGGCUGUGAAAAUAUAAUGCAAGGUGUUCCAGUGUUCCAGGUUUUCUUUUCCUUUAAUUAUUCCUACAGUCUGAACAAUCUCAUCUAUGGAAGAAUUAAAAUGCCUAAAUGAAAAACAAAUCAAUUAAAGAAAUAAAUCAAUAAAGCAAAGCACACCAUACAUCGAAAUAUAUUUUUCCUUUUUGUGUACAUUUACUGCUCAGCUGCUAAGAAUUAUGACUGUUGUGUUAAAACCGCAGUCAGUCAAUCAUAAAUGUAGCGAGAUGUACAGUCAACAUCGGCGUCCCUAACAGGAAACUGUUUUAAUUUGAAAGGCCGUCUGCUCACGUCAACGCCAAUUGGUCCAGCCCAAUGUUUCUCCACUUCAAAAAACAGCAUAACUAAUGACAGUGCUUUUAUAUUUGGUACUGGCAUGUUUACGUCGCCCUCUGCCGGCCACUACACAUCUCUUCAAAUCUUCGAUUAACUUUAAUUUGUGCAUUUUAAAUCAUCCGCAUAUAAAUCACACAUUUUGCAGCUCAGUGAAUUUUGGUAUCAUGAAGGUUCUGCUGUGCUCUUUGUCUUUUCGCAGCAGUGAUAGUAUUAUGAUAAAAAGAUGAUGGCGUUUAUGUCCUGUGUUGUGCUUAAAUUAUGUUCUGCAAGUUCUUUUGUCCAUUUCAGACUCUAUGGGGGAACCUUGCUACCCUUUUUUUCCAAUUGGUUACACAACUUAAAGAAUGUGAAUCAGAAUUACUUUUGGCACUUGCACAAACUGUUGCAGCGCGUUAAUUCUGUUUUCCCGGCCCAGACGUCCCCAGCCACUCCAUUAAUACACAAGUAUGCUUCACAUUGUGAUCGCUCCAUAACGGAAUAAUCGGCCAGCUGCUUCGCCUCACUCACUGCUGCCGCAAGUCGUUUUGAAAUGGAACUGAAAUUUACCAUGAUGCCCGCACAGGCUCUUCACAUUCAUGUUCCUAACUUUAAAGAUUUAAUUUGCACUUUACACAAGAGUUCACUUGACUCAUUGGAGCGUCGACGUGUCAAGUGAACUCUUGAGGCUGGUCGCGAUGCCUCAUUUUGAUCUUACACGGAAAAUACCAGAUCAGUUCUUGAAGUACCAAGUCAUAUCAGUUAACUUUAAAAUAAAUAUACUUUUCUCUUAUUGGGAACCGUUUUAUAAAGGAACCUGAAAAGGUUAUUAUCAAAAGGCAAACUUUUUUUUAUGAAAGUUUGUUUUCUGUGCCGAUUAUCAUGUCACUGUUUUGUUUUUUUAAAUGUUUAACACUGGACUUCACAUUUUCUCGCAUUACUGGAAGGAAUCAAGUUGCUGCUUGUCAUGAACAAUGACACUAUAAAGCACAACAAUUUGAAGUCUAUGACACAUUCAGUUUUAGAUUUCAGAGGGGAUGGUUUGGUGGUAGUCAUAGCUUUGCUUCAUUAUAAAUUGAAUUUUUAAGAUUUUGUCUGGCUUUUUUUCUAAUGGUUUUCCAUUUUCAAAAUCAUUCUAUUUCUGUAACAAUCAAGCAAAAUGUUAUUUGCAGAUGGCAAAUUAAACUACUGGAUUAAUGCGGACCAGCUGACUCACACAAACCUUGCACAAGCACACACCAUAUUUACACCACCUUCAGUACACUGUACCUCUUUCUUUCUCUUUAGCGAGUUUCAAGUGAAUAAGCAAUGACAGUUGAAUGUCUUACUCUUUAGCGUUGGUCCUUUGCACAAAUCUUAACUCUGAAUUGCUGUUAAUAAAACUAAAUUGAGGAAGCUAAGCACAUGCUUUUGCUCUCCAAAUAAAACUGAACAAACACUAAAUAUGCCAUUGAACAGCAAGGUCGGAUACUUAGUUGUGUCCUAUAAAUGUCACGAGGCGUCGAUGGAGCCUUUGUUUUGACUGCGGCUGCCAUUUGGCUUUCCUCCCUUCACUCUCAAUUUAUCGAAGCUUAUGAAUGGAAAUAGAAGUAAAGUAAAUGCCAGCGGUCAUAUGGUUGCUCUAAAUCCACACUGGAGAAAAAAAUGUGUCUAGAUUAAAGCAUUAAAUUAUUUUUUACAGUCCUGUCAGAGUUACGGAAACAAGAACACACGUGUAUGUACAAAUUAUUAUAGAUGAUGGUCAACGCUGAGCAUUUCCAUCUUUUUUAGUGAAUUGUAGACCAAAGUGCGGACUCUUCCCUUGCCAUUCAGAAUUAUCACAUAAUAUAUGUAUAAUCUAUUAUACAAGAUGAAUUACAUGCACUUGUUUCUUGUUUCUUCUCUCAGGAUAGAGCAGUACAUCACAACAUAUUUGAGACAUCAAUGCUGUUAUAUAUUAGGGCGUGGAUUUUGAAUAGGGACAAAAGUGUAAAGAUAGGUUUUUCCUUUCCAUGGUUCAAUCCACAUGUAGCCACAUAUACACAAUGUUUACUCUGCCAAACUGAGCACUUCUGUGUUAACACAACGUUUGUGAAAAUGUGGGUUGAAGAUGUUUUUAUAUGCAAUUUUUCUACAUUUUAUAUUUUAAAAAAUCUGUCUAUAUUUGUGGAUACACAGACAGAGCUGUGCAUGUGUGUGUGUAAGAGAGAGUGAAUUAAUAAGAUUAUUAUCAUUGACACCUGUGGUGUGUACUGGUUUGGGAAUAAGGUAUCCAACUGAACUCAUGCAAUGUACAGCAUGGUGUGACGCAAUUGCUUUCACUGUAAAACCGCAGAAUUGUCUUCUGUACAUGACAGUGUGUUUUUUUUCAGCACAACAAAUAAUAAAUACAUUUUUAUUUAUGAUAAUGGCCAAACAGUAAACAGCUUUUACAUUCUUGAUCAUUAAUUAUAUUAAAAGAAAUACACAAAUCUCACCGACAAUCAAGUUAUGUUUUGUUUUCGAUUUCAGAUUUUCCUUUCCCCAGAUUUUCCUUUUUCCAUGAUGCGUGUAAUGUCACCAUAUGUUCAUAUUUAAUGAGACCUUAAUAUGUGUGUCUUGCUGUGAAGCAGAAUUAUAAAGGAUAAUGAAAUACAA